CAUAUGAAAAUAUGAACCAAAUAAGGCGAUGGCGCAUAUUGUUGCUGCCAAGUUGAAGCAAACUUGGCUUAGACCAAAUAUGCUAAAAAGAUGAAAAUAUGCCAGAUCUGCAAUAUUUUAUGCCAAGUUGGCAAAACUGAUGACCGACGAUAUUUGCGCGUGGCCCGGUCUGUUCAUCUAUUACGAACCAUGAGAUAGAGCCCGCUGAAAACUACAAAUAAAAAAGCGAAUAUUGUAUAACUUAGUUUAAUUUUGUACAAAACAUAAACUGAGAAAAUUUCAUUCACUGUGAGUUCUGUCAAUAGCAUAUUGGUUGUGUGAGGGAAUGAUUUCGUUCGCUGUUUAGACCUGUCAAACGCUUUACCCAUUUCUAAAGGUAGAUAGAAGACUAGAUACUCGUACGUUUUAUCAGUAGAAAUAUGCUAUAUGUACUUACUCUACCUGUAUUCACACCUAGUGAAAAAUAAUACCUACUAAGUAAAUACUCAAGUCAGAACCUCACAUUUCAGUGGCGACAAUAUAGAGAUAAUCGCGAGUCGCGUUGUCCUGCGUCCACAGUGUACAGAACAGAACAGUAGUCACCCAAGUGCCGAAGGUUGUUAUACUAGGCGUAGACAACACAGACUCUAUUGCAACGCAACUAAUCUUUCUUCAGCACAAUCGAUAUUAUUACUUACAUUUAUUUAUCAUACAAUUUAUUUUUUUAUAAUACCUAAAUAUUUACAUAUAAAGUAAAAAUAAAAAUGUGUAUAUAUUCGUAGUUAAAUUAUGUUGUCAAAGUUUAUUUCAAGUUAUUGUAUAAGUAUUGUAGGUAUUCAAAGAAGCAACUGAUCAAAGUUACAAACUUGUAAUCGAGCCAUUACAACAAAAGUUUUACUUAAUAGGGUACCACGUGCGUUGGAGAACAUCGUGUAGAUAUGGGAUUAUAGCGUGCGAUUGUGUUCUUCUGGUGCGGAAAUCGCAUGACUCGCUCUCCGGUUCAUAUUGAUUGCCGGUGACAUUCUUUAUCAAUACACCCCCGGCCCGCGGCGCGCGGCCGCACCGCACAACACCCAAAAGAAACAGAAACGUUUCUUCGCGCGUUCUGAACGCACACGAAAAAAGGGCGGAGACUCCGCGGCGACGUCGUCGCCCAAUCGAAUUAGGGCUCCGGAGGCGACCGGCCAAUCAGACUGGGCCGCCGGGGCGGGCGCGCGCACGCGGCCGCGCCCUCGUUUCGCUCCGGCUUUUUAUUUAUUGUUGCGCGAAACGGCGCGCGCGACGGGCGUGUGUGUGAUGCGCGCGUAGUUUGAUAUUGCGAGUAUGGAGUCCGCCGUGGACUCAGCGUCGACCGCCAGCGAAGUUAGCGGGUCCUCAGGGGGUUCGCCGAGAGUGAAGGCGGCGUCGCCGGCGCGGGCCAUGAGUCCGCCGCAGCUGCUGGCGCCGAGGAUGCCGCUGCCGCCUCCAGGGCUAGGGCUGCUCGGUUCGCUGCAGAUGAUGCACCAUUCACCGCUUGAGCUGAUGGCGGCCGCGCAUCACCACGGGCCGCCGCGCUACGGCAGCCCUCCUCCUAUCUCGACAUCAGACCCUUCGGCAAACGAGUGUAAAUUAGUUGAUUAUCGAGGACAGAAAGUUGCCGCGUUCAUAAUCCAAGGGGACACCAUGUUGUGUCUGCCGCAGGCUUUCGAACUGUUCCUUAAACACCUGGUGGGUGGGCUGCAUACAGUGUAUACGAAGUUGAAGAGACUGGACAUAGUGCCGCUGGUGUGCAACGUGGAGCAGGUGCGCAUUCUGCGCGGGCUGGGCGCCAUCCAGCCGGGCGUUAACCGUUGCAAGCUGCUCUCCUGCAAGGACUUCGACGUGCUGUACCGGGACUGCACCACGGCAAGGUGCCUGUCAAUGAAAGCGCCAGACAGCUCCAGGCCGGGUCGACCUCCGAAACGCGCGUCUGGCGUGGGCUUGUCUCUCGCGGCCACGCAGUUCCCGCCGCACCCCUUCAAGAAGCACCGGCUCGAGAACGGGGACUACUCGCCUUACGAAAAUGGACACAUGAGUGGUCACUUUCUUGUUGCAGAGAUCGCGCGCAUGGAGAAAUCGCCGCUGCUGGCCAACGGCUACAACGCGCCGCCGACGCAUCUGGGGCCCAUGGGCUUCAUGCACCAGCACGCGCUCAUGUCGCCCGGCAUGCCACACCACGGCGUGCCCAGACCUGACGGAUCCAUCAUCAAAGGACAGCCUAUGCACAAUAUGGAAGCGUUAGCAAGAUCUGGUAUUUGGGAGAAUUGUAGAGCGGCGUACGAAGACAUCGUUAAGCACCUAGAAAGAUUGCGUGACGAAAGAGGCGACAUGGAACGAGUUAUGGCAAUCGAUAAAGCUCGUGAAGGGUCACAUAAUGGUUCAUCGCCAGGUCACAGUCCUGUGCUCAACCUGUCGAAGUCAGGGUCGGGCGACCGCGACCGCUCGGACCGGAGUGAUCGCAACGAGCGGGGCGAGGGCUCCGCCAGUGGGCGCAGCUCCGCCGCGUCGCGCCGCACGCCGCAGCCGCCGCGGCUGCCGUCCGCGGCGGCGCCUGCCUCGCCGCGCUCGCACUCGGACGAGAGCGACGCAAACAUGUCUGACCAGGACGACCACAACAUGAAGGAGGAGGACGAGGGAGCAGAUCUGAGCGACAACGAACGUGACCUGCCGACGGCCGGGUCGCCCGCGCCCGUUAGCUACGCGACGCAGGCGACGCCGCCCGUGCCCGUCGACCCCACGGCCGACACGCUGGUCUCCUCCACCGAGACUCUGCUCCGGAACAUCCAGGGGCUGCUCAAGGUGGCGGCAGACAACGCGCGCCAGCAGGAGCGCCAGAUCAGUUAUGAAAAGGCUGAAUUGAAAAUGGAUGUUCUUCGGGAGCGAGAAGUGAAAGACAAUCUAGAACGACAACUUCUCGACGAACAGAAAAUGAGAGUGAUGUACCAGAAGCGGUUAAAGAAGGAACGAAAACAACGGCAGCAGGUGCAGGACCAACUGGAACUCGAGUUGAAGCGGCGGCAAAAAAUCGAGGAAGCGCUCAAGCAGUCCGGCGCGCCCGCCGAGAUCCUCAGGAUCGUUACUGAGAACCUCGCAUCACCGACACAGGAGCCGGCGCGGCAAGAGCGCGAGAACGGUGACAGCAAGCCUCCCAGCACGGAGCCGCCGGCGUCCUCGCCGCCCUUCCAGCGCGACCCGCCGCGCACGCCCGACAAGCCGCAGUGGAACUACCCGCCGCCGCCCGUCGACAUCAUGGCCGGCGGGGCCGCCUUCUGGCAAAACUAUUCCGAAUCCCUCGCCCAAGAGCUGGAGAUGGAGCGCAAGUCCCGGCAGCAGGCCAUGGAGCGCGACGUGAAGAGCCCGCUGUCAGAGCGUGCCAGUUACUACAAAAACUCGGUGUUGUUCAGCUCGGCCACUUAGCUACCCGACGCCGGGGCCGCCGAACACCCCCAGGAGCAAGACAAGCCUGACGAGACCAGGAAACCCAUUAUCAGCGUCAAACCCGAAUUCAGGGAAAAAUAAUAUCCAAAGAUUUAUUGGAGACUCAAUUCGACGGUCCCUAGUGAUUAUUUCGACUUAGCGAAUGGUCGAAAACAAUAUGUUCAUGUACAUUAAAUGUUCAUCCGAUUGUUUAUUAUAGUCAAGUUUUUCGUAUAAAGAUCUCGAUGAAGUAAGUUGUACUUCUCUGUUUUGAGAUUAAAAAGCACUACAGUAAUGUAAAUAUUGUUAUUGAAGUUAGAUAUGUAGAUUUCGUGGCGAAGUCUCAUGACCUCUUCUUCCAUAGUAAAAUUUGUAAAUAUCGCUUUAUAUUUAAAUAAGUAAGUCUAACUGUUUAUCGACGAUUUACGUAAUUUAUUCGUCAACAUUUAAUCUUUAACGAGAGUACCUUUUAACUAUUGCCAUAUUUAUAAAUUAAGAAUGGAUCAGUUUCGUUUUAUUUUCAUGAUUUCACUGUAAGUACAUGUUUUGUAUUCCAAGAGUAUUUGAGUACCUACCUUACAUAUCUUAAGCUUUGGGCAAUUAAUAAUCAAAUUGGGCUCUUUAAUAAAUUGAUCACGGAAACGGUAGGAAUUGAUCAAAGACUGUUUUUUGGGAUUUUUCUCGUGUUCUGCAAGUUGGCUCAAGCUGGUUUUUAUCAAGUACUAUUUGAGUUCCUAAAGUAUUUUUGUUCAGUGAAACUAAAUUAUAUUUUAGGUGGUACCUGUCAUUUUUCGUAUAAUAUACGAAUUCGUCGACCAUAUUGAGAAAUAAUAGGAUUAUAUUGUGAUCUUCUAUGAUGUAAUUUAUUCAAUUUUAGUGCAAUGAUUAGAUUUAACUUUUACUAUGUAUAGGUAUCUGCAUUACCUUUCGAUAAGUUCUUUACGUUAGCUGUUUACAAUUACACAUUUAUACAAUUGAAAUUUAUGGACUGAACACAGAAGAGACAGAUUUGCGUACAAUAUAACCUAAGUGUUUACUUUAAAGUUUGGUGGCGUAGACGCUGUAUAAAUAAUUAUAAUCGCUGUAUCUCAUAUCCAUAACGAAGAGUAAUGUAUGGGUAGCUAUUACCUUACAUUAAGUGCGGUAGUUUUUAACAUUAUAUAUAAAGUAUAAAUGAUAGUGUUAUUUAUAUGAUUAGUUUACGGGAGGACUUUAAAUGUCUUAAAUAACUUACAUAAGAUUUAGAGAUCGUAUCUGGUGUGAUAUUGGCGCUUGGCUAUAGCCAAGAUUAUAAUAAAUUGUAGCAUAAACAUGAAGUACUUUUGUACUUUGUGGAGGGCUGGCUUAUUCUGGACAUCUUCAUAUUGUUACUAGUUCGGAGGGAAUAGUCAAGCGUCGACGCGAUCGCGAGCACGCGCUGGAUGCGACGUUUCAUCAGUAAUGGGUAAUGAAUAAAACUUAGUUGUUACUAUAAAUGUUUAGCUGAGCAUGUGUGACUGUAUGGAGAGAGUGAAUGUGGUACUUUUGUAUCAGUUACAUUUCAUUUCCUCGGCAUAAUGUAGGGACGACAAUACUAACAUAACAUAGAACAAAUGAAUAGUGUAUUUUGCUCGAACUGUCAACAAUUCCAGUAUUGUCUACUGAUACUUUUAUUCCGGCAGAUAUUGAGGCUUUAUGUAUAACCUUAAUAUUCAACUUUGUUUGUUGUAUGCAAUUUUGAGAGCAAGUGUUAUUUAUUAUUUCUAUUAUAAUUAUUUUACUUAAAAAUUGUGUGUGUGCCUUGUAUCGUAGAUGAAAAUAUCAAGAUUAAAAAAGUGAAAACAUCA